CAAUACCCUCCCCCUGACCUUCCCCUUUCUCCCGAAUCUCCCCUUUCUUCUCUCUUAAUCCUAGAUAUCCAGCCCCCCAAGUACAAUAUCUCAGAGGGGUAUAAAUAAGUGUCUGCUUCCAUCCUGGGCUACACUUUGCAGGCUGAAGAUCGCAAGAUGAAAACUCUGCUGCUGUCCUUGGUGGUAAUGGUGGGAUUUGUGUACCUGGUCUCAGGAUAUGUUUUGAAGUGUCACAAAUGCAAUGAAACAGUUUGUGAUCUCAAGGAGGCCUGUGAAGUAGGGAAGAACCUAUGCUUCAUAUUGCAGAAUAAUAAUGAUACAAUGGGAAUGCAGGCUAUCCAAGGAUGUGCUGAAACCUGCCCUAUCGCAGGACCAGAUCAAGAAGUGAAGUGUUGCAACACAGACUAUUGCAAUAGUUACUUCUAAAACCGACGAAUCCGUUUCACUUUUCUUUCAUCCAACAUGGAAAAUCCUUGAUGAUUGAUGCUUCUGGCCUUUACCACAAGGGGGUCCAUAGUCCCCCUUCUGCUUUCUUGGACACCUCGCCAUCUUUCCUUUUUCUCUUGUUCUACAACUUCAUUCUGCCAAUUCUGUCGUGUGGUGAUUGAAUAAACCUUUGCAUUCUAUU